AUGGCACCCUUGCCGGAUGAGAAGUCGGAACCUACAAUUGUGGUCGAUUCAUCAUCGGGUCACAAUGAUGAUUCUAUUGAAGAAAUACAAGAGAAGAAAGUAGCUUCUCAAAUCUAUAACAAGUCAGAAUCGGAAUCUGAAAGUUCAUUCGAAGAGCCGCAAUACGACUUUGACUCGGAGGAGUUUGCCCACAUACCGCAGCUCGUCCGCACCGUGGUGGGGUUUGAGGACGAUCCGACCUUGCCUGUCAUCACGUUUCGAUCAGUAUUACUCUCGGCGAUUUUUUGCAUCAUAGGCAGUUUCGUCUCACAGCUGUCAUACUUUAGAACCACGACGGCACCUUUCCCCGUCUUUUUUGUUAUCCUAGCCUCUGCACCGCUGGGGAGACUCUUGGCACGCAUCUUGCCCGACUUUACGGUCCCAUUGGGGAGAUGGUCAUUCUCCCUGAACCCCGGACCAUUUUCGAUCAAGGAGCAUGCCAUAAUUGGGAUUGCUGCCAACGCUGGCAGUCAAGGGCAAUGGGCGACGUUUCUGCCGACGAAUGCGGCUCUCUACUAUGGCAUAACCAUGAAUCCGGCCGUGGCCCUAUUCUUUGGCUGGGGUGCAUCUUUGCUUGGCUUUUCUUUUGCGGCAAUGGUUCGCAAGGUACUCAUUGACGAUCCCGAGUUCAUAUUUCCUCUUUCCAUGCAGCAAGUCACAUUAUACCGAAGUAUGCAAGGAAAAUCCGAAUUCCACAUAUCCAAGGCAAAGAAGCAAAUCAAGGUAUUUUGGAGUAUUCUGUUUGCGACGUUUGUCUGGCAGUUCCUCCCCGAAUACAUGUUUCCACUUUUGGCAUCUCUCGCGCCGUUGUGUUGGUUCGCCAGCAAGAGUCAUACAGUCAACUUUCUAGGUGCCGGUCGUGGCGGGAUUGGCCUCCUCAACAUCACUCUUGACUGGUCGAAUAUUACCUCGACUAUUAUUACAUACCCUUAUAGUGUUCAGCUCACAGUAUUUGUCGCCUUUGUCUUGACGACGUGGAUACUGAUACCAGUGGCGUAUUUUGGCAAUCUCUGGGGCUCGCCGACUUACAAUAUCAUGUCCAACGGAGUGUUUCAGAAGAAUGGAUCAUCGUAUCCAUUUACGUCUUUGAUUUACACGGACGCUAGUGGCACUCAGCAUGUGAACGAGACCAAAUACGAGGAAGUCGGUCUAGCAUAUUCUGGAGCUCAAUACACGUGGGAAAUAUUCAUGUGGUAUGCAUCAUAUAUCUCAUCAUUUGUGUGGUGCGGUCUGUUUCUGGGACCAAAGAUCUGGAGCAUCUGGAAGGCUCGCAACAAUCAUGAACAUUACCACAAAGAUCGGUUGAGUCGUAUUAUUCAGCAGUACCCGGGCAUCAAGUUGUGGGAAUGGGGCCUCCUGACUUUAAUCCCUAUUGCAAUUCUGCUAGCCAUCGUGGCCGCCGGGUCAGUCUGGAUGCCGACAUGGACCUACUUUGUAGCACUUGGCUUUGGUGCGGCAGCCAUGCUUCCAAUGGGUCUCGUCUAUGCCAUGUCGGGCUUUUCGAUCAAGGUUGGCUUCUUCAAUGAGCUCAUCUACGGAUACAUGAUUGAGGCCAAGGGGUCCUCGCGCCAUCCCCUCGGCCAGCUAGCAUAUCGCAUCAUUUCCGGUAAUGUCUGGUAUGACGCCCGAGUAGUACUGGAAGACCAAAAAAUCGGACACUACCUGCACCUACCACCUCGCGAUGUGAUAGGGAUGCAGAUAUUCGCAAACAUGAUUGCCCUGCCCGUCAACUACGGAGUGAUGCGAUGGGUGCUGGCUACCAAGUACGACUACGUGAGCGGCAAGGUCACCGACCCACUUGGCCAAUGGACGGGUCAAGAUUUCAAGAGUUAUAACACGGCCGGUAUUCAAUACGCUCUCGUCGGGCCCAAGAAGCUCUUUGCCUCGUCAUUUUUCCGCCCCGUUCUUUACGGCUUCCUUGUCGGUGCAGUAGCACCAUUAGUGAUAUGGCUGCUACAUCGCAAAUUCCCCCGCGUCCGUUUCGACCUCUGGAAUACGACCAUCUUCUUUGCCAGCGCCGCCGUCUUCUAUGGAAACCUGAGCACCGGCCCGUUCACGGCCAUCCUACUGGGUACUUUUACCAACUUUUACCUAUAUCGAUAUCGUCGCAAAUUCUGGGACACUUGGGCAUACAUUAGCGGCGCUGCGCUCGACACUGGAUUCAAUGCAAAUCUUCUCUUCAUCUUCUUGUUCUUGGGCACUACGGGCACUGUCAUGGUAAACUGGUGGGGCAAUGAUCCCGUCAGCGUGGAAAAGUGUUAUGCACUAUAG